CCCCUUCCCCCCUUCUCCUUGCCCUUGUCAAGCUCGACCUCGACGGCGAAGCCAUCGGGUCGGUCCCCAUUCGAGCCCAGACCCAGACCCAGACCAAACUUGCUGCAGCUCCACUUCACUCCACCAACGCUGGUCUCUCCUUUUCCAUUCUCACGAAGUAACGACUCUGACGAUUACGACCUCAGCAAUCAUCCAUCUAUUCCUUUCGAGUCCAGCUGCCGCACCUUGGACGUCUGCAUCUCUAUUUCAACUGCUGGGAGUUUAGCUCUGCGUUUCCGUCCACGCUUUCGUUUCACUCCUGACUCUUGUUGACCCGAGAAACUUGAACCUGCGAUACUUUUGACCAGACUCGAACACGCCAUUGAGCUACGACAGAAUCGAUUCUGUGAUGUCUGCAGCUUUGAGCAAGCGGCAGCAGGCGCGCAAUGAACGCGCGCUCCAGGAUCUCAUAAAGUCGGUUCCUGGAAAUAACGUGUGCGCAGACUGCCAGGCGAGGAAUCCAGGAUGGGCCAGCUGGAGUCUGGGUAUAUUCCUGUGUAUGCGAUGCGCGGCUCUGCACAGGAAGCUGGGGACGCAUAUCACGAAAGUGAAGUCGCUCAGUAUGGACUCCUGGUCGAAUGAGCAGGUGGAAAACAUGAAGCGGGUUGGUAAUGUUGCUUCAAACAAGAUAUAUAAUCCUCAGAACACGAGACCACCGAUUCCUUUUGACGCCGACGAAGCAGACUCGGCCAUGGAGAGAUUCAUAAGAGGGAAAUAUGUAGAGAGAGCAACGAAACCGCCCGCGAGAAAUAAUACUGGCAGUACGAACUCGGAUGAUCAGCCGCCACCAUUACCACCAAAGCCUGGUAGCAGAUUCGGCUUUAGAUCUGCUUCCUCGAUAUUUCCAUUGUCAUCAAAGGCGAAGAAGGAGGCAGCCAAGCAGGAGUUUGAUACUGGGCGCCAGCGAUCGCCAUCCCCACGAAGAAACAAGCAAUCGAGGAUAUUCGGGGCAGCAGUUGGUGCAGAGGGAACGGAUGAUUUGGAAAUGAAGCUGGCCAAACUAAGAGAUAUGGGAUUUAGGGACGAGAAGCGGAAUACCGCUGUGCUAAGGGGCCUGAGUGGAAAUUUGGAGAAAUCUAUUGAAACUCUGGUCCGCCUCGGCGAAGGUGGAGGAUUGAAGUCGCCAGAAAUAGCGGCACCACCUCCUAAUAGUCGAUCUCGAACACCUGUUGGAGCCUCUACUGGAUUAACAAUAGAUCGAUCGAGAGACGUGCCAUUAAGGAGCUCAUCUAAUCCGUUUGAUAUGUUGGAUACCCCACCGUCUAUUGCACCGCCUCAAUCCUCCCAGUCCACAGGAGGUUUGGCUUCGCCUCAGAUGUUGGGAAACAAUCCGUACCAACAGCCCCAAAGCUCGAACCCAUUUGGUCUUGCGCCAUCUCAGUCCCAGUACAACCUUAAUCAAGCUUUCCAGAAUAUGUCUGUGCAAUCCUCACAGCCACUAUUCCCCAACCGUACCGGCGGAUUUCCUGCUCCACAACCUCUGACACACCAGCAACUAUACCAACAAUCCAUGACCCCCCCUGUUCCGUCCGUACCUCAGCAAUACUUUCCGUCUGUGAUCUACGAGAAUCCCGGGCAACAACUUCAGCAGCCACAACAAGCCGAACAACAAAACAGUUACAAUCCGUUUCUACAACAGCAGCAGCAACAGCAACAACAACCCCAAGCAACACCUUUGAAUACCAAUUUUGCAAGCAAUCCUUAUAAUCAACAGCUUGCCACACCUCAGAGUAUGUAUCAAAGUCCGAUGGAACAAUCCCCUGCUCAGCAAUACGGAGCUGCUUUCUUCGGCAAUGGAGCUAUGCAGCAGCCCCAGCAGGUACAGCAGCAACAGCCGCAGAUGAAUCCGUUUCUCGGUCAAAAUCCUCCACAGCAGAUGAAUCCAUACUUCAAUCAACAAGCUCAACAAGCUCCUCAACAAGGAUUCGACCAACAAGCACAUUACCAGCAGCAAAGGCAACAAACCUACCCUCAGAUGCCUCAACAGACUUUGAGGGCGGAUAAGAGGAGUAUUAUGGAUCUCUACAAUUACCCACAAUUGGCACCGGCCGUUCCCCAGCAAGUCCAACAGCCGCAGCAAAACCAAGCCCAGAUGCUAUCAAAUCCUGCGAUGCAAAGCCCUGAGCCACAGCGGAGUGUUUCUGGGCCAGUUGUGACGCAGAUAGCAGGAACCAAAAAUCCAUUUGCAUCGAGUGGAGGAGCACAGCAGCAGAGCGCUGGUGUCGAUACCCUGGGUCAAAUGGGACAAUUCGCGCCGAAGCCGAAUGGCAGUCGCCAUGUGAGUCAAGAGAGUGUAGAUGCUGGAGGAUGGACAAAUGGUAGGCAUAGUCCCGACGCAUGGGGGUCCAUUAGUGCGAGAUCUAUGAGAUAAUAUGAAUGAACAUUUUCUCUCAAGAAUCUGGUCGCCGUCUUCUCAAGCUUUAGACUUCGAUAAGCGCAAAGGAAAGAGCUUUUCCUGCUGAUUUGAAGGUUCUGAAGGCAACCCGGUCACUCUCCAUUCGGUACAGUGACUAUGAAAGCAACAAAGAGUCUCAUGUCGGCCAGUAGUCGAUCACCAACAUAAUCAGACCACUGUUGCUUUCUGAUGCCUGAGAUUACACCAGAGCAGCUCGUCCUGGAAGUAUUUGCUGUCAAAGUGCGUGUAGAGUUCUGAUACAGAACUGUUGCAUGAAUUAUGCAACAUGGCAGCGAUGGCCGAAAGAUGCGACGAGUCCCACCUCAAGUCUUCAGACGAAUGUAUCUACUCUUCCCCCCCCCCUCCCCCCCGGCUUGAAUGUUAAAUGUGAACUUUUGCGGGUCGGAGGCCUAGAUUUCAAGUGCUGAGUGGUUAGAGGCCCUGAAUACAGCUAGAAGCACGAGCCAGAAUUAGGCCUGUUAUAAUAGCAAGGGUGCCUUUAGAAGGUUCGAGAGACACCUGAGCCCUAUUUAAGGCUGAUUCUCUACUGAAUUAUUGGAUAGACACCCCUAGUAGCUACCCACACGAGGUCCAGUUUUCUACACAUUUAACAUUCAAGCCGGGGGGGGGGGGGGGGGGGGGAGAGUAGCAAAUCAACGAGAUUUGGCUGGCAUGAGAUCUAUUCAUUAUAAUAUAUCAUCAUAUCAUGACCCUCCUCAGCCCCUCUGUCCCACCAAGUACCCUCCUCCCAGUGACGGCGCACCUGCCCUUACCAUCCUCCCACUGGCCCUCCCUCCCUUUCAUGAAUUCCUCUUGUUUCUCAUGAUUUCCCUCUAGCCAUCUAUGUAUACAAGUAUAGCAAAAUACAAAACCGGUUUGACAAGCUGUAGCUGUCGUGAUUUCCUGCUGGCAGAUUGGACAUAGCUCUGAGUCCUGGGGUGGAGGAAUUGUGUAGAUGGGUAGUAAGGAUGAUGCUGCUAUAGGCGGCUUCUCAGGUUCCUGGUCUUCUUUCGAAGGUUCCUUUUCUAAUUCUUCUCCCUCCUUUCCAGAAUUCUCUUUCAAAUCCGUAGAUUCACUCUCUUUCUUAGCUCCUGGACCAAACCUCACUGACAACGUCGAUAACCCAGACACAACUGGCGGCGGUACCUCGAUGCCUUCCGUUGCCUUCUUUGAGAGCUGCCUCGCAAAAUCCGAGGCAUGCCACCACUCCAAAAACUUCAAGGCAAAAAUACUGGUUGGCAGUAAGAACUUCAGGCUAUCCAAUGCCCGAUCCCCCAGAACCCUCGGACUGAAGAUACUAUUCACCCCUAGAUUUCCUCCCGCUGGCCCAGCACCACUGCCCUUCUUCGGCUCACUGAGGGCCGCAAUAGCUCUAUAAUCCGCCUCACCUAACCUCCUCAUCCUCGUCCCAAUCAACCACAUGAACGGCGAGUGGUGCUUGCUGUUAUCAAACAAAUACGCAAUAUUAAACGCCAGCAUCGAGAAGUAAUACGCCGCAUUAACACUUGGGUACACAUGUCUCAGAAACCAGCGAUAAUAAUGCAUGAACCUCUGCUUCAUCGUCGGAUUGGCGGGCAUCCGCGUAUAACUCGCACCCAGCAGCGCCCGUGGCGCAUUGAUAUCGUAACUCUCAUCCAGCUUCCGCUUCAAAUACGGCACUCCCACCAUGACCGCCAGAUUCCUCCAUACAUCGCCCCUAGAUAGCUGUAGCGCCUCGCGGACAUGUGCUGGCGCGGCGAUGUUCGCGCGUGGGAUCUCGCCGACUGAUAAGGCCUUUUCGCGUUUCAGGCCGUAGAAGUUCUCGGUGAAGGAGCCGCCGUGUGUGAGGAGGUAGUGGCGCUCCACGAGGAGCAUGAGCAGUGCGUAGAGCUCAUCGAAGGAGUUGAGGAUGCGGAGGAGGUAGCGCGGGUGUCGGUGUGUGGCGACGGCGAGGAGGUAACGGAGGGAGGGGGGGAGGAGGGAAGCGAGUUGGGCUUCGGAGAGGAGUUCGAAGAGGGAGGGUUUGUGGUCGUCGAAGGUGGAGUGGAGGGCGGUCAUGAACUCCAUCUUGGCGAUUGAUGGGGAGGUAGGAUGGGAAACGAGGCUUGCGAAGCUGGUGAUGUUUUGAAGGACUUGGGGCAAGGCUGAAGGCUGGGAACGAGCCGAGGUCUGGAGCACUCCUCGAGCACGUCCCUCUUUAGCCGAAGGGUGUAUCAACAAGCCAAGCAGUCACGGAAGGCAUCAAUAAGAGCUAGUGAACUAGAUAUGAUUAUUUAGUAAUCACGGGGCGAAGAAUAUUUCAGCUUCCUUGAGCAUGUUAUUAUACCACUUUCAACGAGGGAUAUGGCUGGUGAGCAAGCAGCAUUUCCUCAGAGAUGUUUCGGAGCAUAUCAAUUGUCUGAACCGCACCUCAUAUGGGAGUUAGGAUAAUGUUUACCUGAAUAUCGCCCCGGCUCGUGGCAUAUCAGGAACGGUUACGUGACCAAAAUAUCGCAAAAGCGGUACGUCCAAGUUAUUGAAUAUGGCAAAAACAG